AUUUUUUUUUUUUUUUUGUAGAAGAGUUAACCAAGUAUAUGAGAUAUUUUCAUGCUCAGGAAAGGGCGGUGUGCAUCUGGAGGUGGCUUCAGCCACCAAAAUGGCUGCAACUCUCCUUCCUCACCCCCUCACCUUCUCAAAGCAUUUUGGGAAAGACUUAAACAAUUCAUUGACUUUUAGAGUUCCAGCUCCACGUUCUACUCAACCCAAAACUAAUGCCUUUACUCUCAGAGCAAGCCUUCCCCAAAAUGCAGAUUUUCCUCGUUACUACUCAAAGAAGGAGAAGAGGCCUUUUCCUGUGCCUGUGCUUGAGCUAAGGCGUGCUGCAAGAGCUAGGGCAAAGAGCAUGAGGGGCAAGCCCAGGAAACCUCCAUCUGCUCCGAGAAAUGGGCUAUUAGUUUGGCGUCUAAUACCUGUAGCAUAUGAUGUGUUGAAUGCAAGGACUACCCUCAUAAAUAAUCUCAGGAAGCUUAUGAAAGUGGUGCCUGUACAUGCUUGCGGCUAUUGCACCGAAAUACAUGUGGGACCAGUUGGCCAUCCAUUCAAGUCGUGCAGGGGCCCACGGUGUGAGGCUCGAAAAGGCUUACACGAAUGGACAUCAGCAAACAUCGAUGACGUAUUUGUUCCCGUUGAGGCUUACCACCUCUUUGACCGCCUGGGCAAACGCAUCACCCACGAAGAGAGGUUCUCAAUACGAAGGAUCCGAGCUAUUGUGGAGCUAUGCAUUCAAGCAGGAGUUGACCUUCCUGACCUCCCCACUAAGCGGAGGCGAAAGCCAGUGAUUCGAAUUGGAAAGAACGAGAUUAUCGAUGCCAAUGAGGAUGACUUGCCAGACCUGCAGGAAAUAGGCCAUGAACCAAAUCAAAUGCCUAUUUUCGCUGGUUAUGACUUGCUGGAAAGUUCUCUUGAAACACUCCAAAACCCAGUUUCAGAUGAGGAGCCACUGGAAAAAUCACCAAAAUUAGGUUCAGUACCACUCCCAAUGCCAAGUUUCGCCAAUUACGACCUAUCAAAAAGAGCUCUCGAGCCCACCGAAAACCCAAUCUUAGUUGAUGACAACCUCCUAGACGAGUCACCAAUGCUAGCUGAAGAUGAUGAGAAACUGUUGAAAUCAUCGGUUGAAAACCCCUCUGAACCCCACCGAAAACCCAUUCUACCUGAGCUACCCAAUUCAAAACUCCACGCCCCUUCGACCUCUGAAGAAACACUUGAGAUCGCAUAUGAAACACUCGAGGCAUGGGAUACACUUAGGAAAGGAGCCAACAAAUUAAUGAAGAAAUAUGCAGUGAGAGCAUGUGGGUACUGUCCCGAGGUUCAUGUGGGACCGAGUGGGCACCGAGCUCAAAACUGUGGGGCUUACAAACACCAACAACGCAAUGGGCAGCACGGUUGGCAGGCAGCAAUUCUUGAUGAUUUGAUACCACCUAGAUAUGUAUGGCACGUGCCUGAUGUAUGUGGGCCACCAUUGCAAAGAGAGUUGAAGAGUUUCUACGGGCAAGCCCCUGCUGUUGUGGAGAUUUGCGUACAGGCAGGGGCUGAGAUCCCCGAAGAGUACAAGGCGACAAUGAGGUUGGACAUUGGGAUCCCUAGUAAUCUUAGAGAGGCUGAAAUGGUUGUGUGAAUAUGUAGAGAAGUUGCUUGUUACUUUGUGUCUUUUUGGUGUCUCGGCUCAGACUUUGGGUUGGCAAAUCGAGGGCAUGGCAUCAGUCUUGCAGGAGGUUCCUUUUCCUCAAGAGGAGGAAAUUGGGACUGAUGGACUGUAGAAUCCAAACCAGGUUGCUAAAAGGUGGGAGUUGCACUUAUAGUUGGGGUACCAAUUGAUUUGGGCAAGAGCUUGAGCAAGGAUGGGAACUUCUCUUACCUACAUUUGAUGGAUCAUUUAUUUAGCAUGGUGUUUAGAAAGUUACCAAGUAGAUUAGGUUUAGUAUAGGGGAUGAGAGCUUGAGUCGGUAUGGGAGAGUCCCUACCUACAUUAAUCAAUAGUGGAAAUUCUACCAUGUUUAAGAAUAGUUCGAAGUAUUCGAGCUGAUUGUCUUCUUAUCUCAGUGUGUUUAUGCAUCUACUUUUGCAUAUUGUCAGGACAGAAUUGGAAGCAAUCUAUUCGAGGUUCAUUUUUUUUAA